AUGAGAAAUAAAAUAAAUCAAAUCAAGCAAGCAGACAACAAAAGCGAAAAGGCACACGCAAAUAAUAAGCUAGUAUUCGUAUAUCGCGUAUACGAAGCGUGAACACACAAAUAGCGAUUAAAUAACCGUAAACAAUUGCAGUUUAAUAUUAGCGUCAAACUAACGGAAAUUUUGUAAUCACAAUCGAAAUCAUGCGGUAGUCUGAAGACACAUUGAAAUAAUGCCACUGAAGUUUAAACAUUUAUUGGACAACUAUUUUUGGACAUGAAUAUGGAUUUUGAUUUUCCGGACUUUUCUCGCCCCGAUUUUAUGGAUGGCAUUGACAAUGAAGCAUUGGAUUUGUUUAUGCAAGCCGCCUGCGUUGGGAAUCUCGAUGAGGCGCCACAACCGCACAGCCACAGCCACAAUCACAACCACAAUCCCAAUGAGGAGCUGGCCAAUGUUGUUGGCAUCUCGAAGCUGGAAGCUCCGCACACGCCGCCCAUGAAUCUCCUGGAUGCAGAACUGGCAACGGGUCGUGGUAGUGCGAUGGCCAUGCCACUAGCACAUUUGCCCGAGAGUCCGCCCGAUUCGGGAUCGGAGCCCGCCUACAGUCCGCUGGGGGAAACGCAUGCACUAAACGGACGGGAGAUCAUCUAUACUGGGUUGGGCAACAUGCAACAACAGCAGCAACAACAACAACAAAUGUUGCAAGCGGAUUUGCAGUUUACUUCACCACCCCCGCCGCUGGUGCAGCAGCAACAUCAUUUUGUUGCCCCCGCGCACGAUGUGAGGGUGAAGCAUGAAACGGGUAUCGGCAACAGUUUGCUCUGCCAGCAACAGCAACAGCAGCAGCAGCAACUCAACUGCGAGCAACAAUUGAUGCCGUUGCAGCACCAACAACUUCAGAACUUGCCGCAGGAUCCGCUGCCCUUUCCGCACUAUGACAACGGACAUGUUUUGUAUGGCAGUGGCAGCUACCAAAAUCUAUCCAGCAUGUCCACCUGUAUGCUGACCUCGCCACUGGGAUUGGGUGAUCGGGUUCAGGUAAUUGGCACCAGUCAAUUAUCGCUGACCAGCUCAACGCCAACGACUCCGAUGCAUUCGUUGUCGCGCAAGCGGAAGAUGUCCACUCAGCUGGAUUGUCCGGAAUUUGGGCCGAUGGCCAAGCAUGAUCCGGGCUUGCAGAUGAGUCCGUUGCGCAGUUCACAUCAUGCCAUUGCCAUUGCACCGAGUAGCAGCAGUCCCAGUGAACACGAUUUGAGCAAGACACCCGCCCACUCACACUGUUCCGCCUCCGUUUCACCGGCGCUGUCCGCCAUCAAUUCGCAGACGGAGAAUAGCCUCGAUGGGCCGGCGAGCAAUGCGGCUGCCGGCUGUGGCUCCGGCUCUGGCUCGGGCAGCGAGGCCGGUGAUCCGACAUUGACGCAGUGCAUCCGCUUCAGUCCAUUCCAGCCGGAGAACUGGCACAAGCUGUGCGACCAAAACCUGCACGAGCUAUCCGUCAUCUACUAUCGCGUCGAUGCGGACAAGGGCUUCAAUUUCAGCGUCUCGGAUGAUGCGUAUGUGUGCCAGAAGAAGAACCAUUUUCAGGUCACUUGCCAUGCCCGUCUGCAGGGCGAUGCCAAAUUUGUUAAGACACCGUCCGGCCUGGAGAAAAUCAAAUCCUUCCACUUGCAUUUCUACGGUGUCAAAUUCGAGGCGCCCAAUCAAACGAUACGCGUGGAGCAAAGUCAAUCCGAUCGCUCCAAGAAGCCAUUCUAUCCCGUACCUAUCGAUCUCCAGAGCCAUAUUGUCAGCAAAAUAACCGUGGGUCGUCUGCACUUCUCGGAGACAACGAACAAUAAUAUGCGCAAGAAGGGACGCCCAAAUCCGGAGCAGCGUUUCUUUCAGCUUGUUGUCGGUCUCCACGUGCACACGACAUCUGGCCACUUUCCCGUCGUUAGCCAUGGCAGCGAGCGGAUCAUAGUGCGCGCCUCGAAUCCCGGCCAAUUUGAGUCCGAUGUGGAUCUGGUCUGGCAGCGUGGCAUUACGCAGGAGUCCAUCUUCCAUGCGGGUCGCGUGGGCAUCAACACAGAUCGCCCAGACGAGAGUCUUGUCGUACAUGGCAAUCUCAAGGUAUCCGGCCACAUUGUCCAGCCCAGCGAUAGUCGCGCCAAACAGGAGAUCGCCGAAUUGGAUACUUCGGUUCAGUUGCGCAAUAUGCAAAAGAUACGCAUCGUCCGUUAUCGCUAUGAGCCGGAAUAUGCCGUGCAUUCCGGUCUGAGGCGGGAGAGCGAUACAAGGGAAAUCGUUGACACCGGCGUCAUAGCGCAGGAGGUGCGCGAGGUUAUACCGGAUGCGGUCCAAGAGGCUGGCAGCGUUGUACUGCCCAAUGGAAAUGUUAUUGAGAACUUUUUGCUGGUCAAUAAGGAUCGUAUACUAAUGGAGAACAUUGGGGCCGUUAAGGAGCUGUGCAAGGUCACCGGGUCGCUGGAGUCGCGCAUUGAGAGUCUGGAACGGGCCAACACCAAUCACAAUAACCACCAACUGCGUGCCAAGGAUCUGCUCGAGCCACGCUGCCUUCUGCCGCCGCGGCCCCAACAGAAGCCCAACAAUCGCAGCAACGAUGGCUACGAGAUCUGCUCCAGUCGCCUAAUGCAAAUCAUUAUCUUCAUGCUGAUCAUUAUUAUGGCAGCCUGCUUGGCAGCCGUUUCCACGCUGUAUUUUGUGGAGCACAACAAGCAGCAACAGCAUCUGGAUGGCUUUCAGAUGUUUGGCGACAGUCGCCUCUUUCGACCGGAUGCGUCGGCGACGCGUCUCAGCGACGAGGAUCGCCUAAAUUUUCAGCACAGCUGGCAGACGCUGUUCAAGAACAAAACGCACGGAUCGUGGCCCAGCUUAAUCUUUGCGGCGAGCACCACACGACCCACGGUGCGGCAUAUUGAGGGGGCCGAUGAACUGCAGCAGGAGGAGGAGGAACUGACGGCUGUGAUGAACAAUCCGCAGGGGAAUCUGGCGCUGCCCAAGCAGCCACACACACGGAUCACAACAACUGCGCCGCGAAAUAACAGCAACAACACCAACCACAACAAGACAAUUGUCAGCAAGAACAAGUCCAAGUGGCCAGUCAGCCAGGAGGCACUGCGUCCGGUGGCGUCACAAAAGCUUCUCCAAAGUGUGCGCACAGUGAGUCGAAUUCUGGCUGCAUCAAGCAACGAUACGGACAGCUCCUCCUCGGAGAAGCCAGCGGGAAUUGCGCCACUCUCCCAGGACUUUGAGAACAACUCCAUCGAUGUGGAUGCACAGCAGCAGCAACAGCAACUCCGACAGCAACAGCAACAACAACCAUUGAAGCCAUCAUCCAAGCUGGAUGAGCAGAUUGUGGUGCUGGGCACGAUUCCCAGCACCAUUGUGGAUAACGCACCGGUUGCAUCUGCUGGUCAGGCCAUACGCAAGCUCAACGCGGGCGAUGCAGCCAUUUAUAAUGUGUACAAAACCGUUUCGCCACCCACAGCCAAUUUGGCAUUGACCACCAAUAAGGUCAGCACCGAGCAGAGUCAUCCGCAGAGCACACUCUCCCUGGCAAUGGACGUGCCGCCGCCGGCUGUGUUGCGCAACAGCAGCGGUGGCAAGGAUAGCGUCGAUGCCCUGGAUCUACAGAAUCUGAGCAACACCAAUGAAUCGGAGUCGGUGGAUAAUCCCGUAACGGCACUCUUCGGCUUCGAGUAUCCCAGUCUGCGGGACUCCAAUGUGGGCAGAAGAUCGGCCAAUCAACGCAGUCUGGAUUGGAUUAGGCAUAAGAGUUUGAGGACGCCGCUCUUUGGCCAGCCGCCCGAGUGCAAUGGCGACGAAACAGUCAGCGACAAUUGUCAGUCCACCUGCUUUGUGGAGCUGCAACCGGCUGCAGUUGCUGUCGAUAAUGUGGAUGCCAAUGUGAAGCAUCAGCACGUUGAGGAUGAGCUGCCGUCCGCCGAGCAGGAGCAGGAUGCCGAUAUAUUGAUAAUACAGCCCGUUGCUGCUGUCAGCAACGAUAGCAGCAGCAGCAGCAGCAAUAUGGCCCCUGCAUCCCGUGUCUACCAUGGCAAGAGCUCCCACAACACUGUGGCGCGCACCAAGCAAUUCUCCACCGAAACGGAUGGCUCAUCCUCGUCCGCUGCGAACAGCGAUCAGGAUGAUGCGCUCUACACGGUGCUCAGCGUGGCACCAGCAGCCACUGCAUCACUGGCAGCGGGGCAUGUUGAGCUGCCAAUUGCUGCUCCAGUUGCAACAAUGGUGACACCGUUGCCGCCACAGCCAGAUUGCUGGAGCAUCUCUAGCUGUGUGCUGGCUGGUCAAAACAAUUACACCAUCGAUGUGGAGCAAUUCUGUCCGAGCUCGGGCAGUUCCCUGAAUGUGAGCUAUGCGGUGCCCGUUUCCCGUUAUCUGCAAGCAGUCAGCUUGGAGCUGCACUUCAGCUCCAGUAAGCCGCUGCAGUGGUCCAUUUGCAGCGAUGAGGAUAAGUCGAAGGCGCAGUUGAACGAGGACUCGGAUGAGGCGCCACCAAGCACCUGGGUCAAGGUGCUCAAGCAGUUGGGCAACAACAAGCUAAUCCUCGCCGUGGACAUACCCAAUCGUGGCAACUUUCUGCGCGACUUUAUGCUGCGCGCCAGUCCCGAUCUGGAACAACAAAAACUAUGCGAUGACAACGCCCAUGUGGCGAACCCUAUACUCCAGUACAACUUUAGCAUCGUAAGAGAUUGUGAUUAGUUAACAAUUUAAUUUAUGGCACGGAUCGAAACGCAUCUUAUUGCAACAACAAAAAUAAAGCAACAAAAACAAAACAAAACAAAAAAAACAAAAACAAAAACAAAAUGCAUCAACAUUUAUCGCAAAUUUUAAAUAAAAAUAUUUAGUAAAA